GCAGAGCGGACAUCACUUCUUCAGCCAGUGUCAUCUCCAGCCCUACCAGGACUCUAUCCUACCACUGCCUCCACCAUGGGUGACGCGCUGAUGGCCGAGUUUGGAAAGGCUGUGAUCUAUCUCAGGAAGUCUGACAAGGAGCGCCUGGAGGCCCAAACCAGGGCUUUUGACAUCAAAACGCAGUGCUUCGUCGUCGACGAUAAAGUGGAAUAUGUCAAGGGGCAGAUCCAAAGCAAGGAAGGAGGGAAGGUUGUUGUAAAAAAGGAGGACGACACUACAGUGACAGUUCCAGAAUCUGAUGUCCAUCCACAGAACCCGCCGAAGUAUGAUAAAAUAGAGGACAUGGCCAUGUUCACCUUCCUCCACGAGCCUGCCGUGCUGUUCAACCUCAAGGAGCGGUACGCUGCCUGGAUGAUCUACACCUACUCUGGUCUCUUCUGUGUCACCGUCAACCCCUACAAGUGGCUGCCAGUGUACGAUUCAGAGGUGGUUGCGGCCUACAGAGGGAAGAAGAGGACCGAAGCUCCUCCUCACAUCUUCUCCAUCUCAGAUAACGCCUACCAGUACAUGCUCACUGACCGGGAGAACCAGUCUGUCCUCAUCACUGGAGAAUCCGGUGCUGGGAAAACCGUCAACACCAAGCGAGUCAUCCAAUACUUUGCCAGUAUCGCUGCGGUUGGCGGUGCGGUCAAGAAGGAUGCCAACAAAGGGACUCUGGAGGAUCAAAUCAUCCAGGCCAACCCUGCGCUAGAGGCCUUCGGUAACGCCAAAACCCUGAGGAAUGACAACUCCUCCCGUUUUGGAAAGUUCAUCCGGAUUCACUUCGGGAACAGCGGCAAGCUUAGCUCUGCAGACAUCGAGACCUACCUGCUUGAAAAGUCCAGAGUCACUUUCCAGCUGAAGUCUGAGAGGAACUAUCACAUAUUCUUCCAGAUCUUGUCCAAUCAGAAGCCGGAGCUGUUGGACAUGCUGCUGAUUACCAACAACCCCUACGAUUACUCCUACAUCUCCCAAGGAGAGGUAACCGUCGCCUCCAUCAACGACUCUGAGGAGCUCAUAGGCACUGAUAGUGCGUUUGAUGUCCUCGGCUUCACCCUGGAAGAAAAGAUGGGGGUGUACAAGCUGACUGGUGCCAUCAUGCACUAUGGCAACAUGAGGUUCAAGCAGAAGCAGCGCGAGGAGCAGGCAGAGUCAGACGGGACUGAAGCGGCUGAUAAAUCAGCAUACCUCAUGGGUCUGAACUCGGCGGAUCUCAUCAAAGGUCUCUGCCACCCUAGGGUGAAGGUAGGGAAUGAAUAUGUCACCAAAGGUCAAGGGGUGGACCAGGUCUACUACUCCCUUGGUGCGCUGGCUAAGUCAGUGUAUGAGAAGAUGUUUAACUGGAUGGUGGUGAGGAUUAACCACUCCCUGGAAACCAAGCAGCACCGACAGCACUUCAUAGGAGUGCUGGACAUUGCAGGUUUUGAGAUCUUUGACUUCAACACCUUUGAGCAGCUCUGCAUUAAUUUCACAAAUGAAAAACUGCAGCAGUUUUUCAAUCACCACAUGUUUGUCCUGGAACAGGAAGAGUACAAGAAGGAAGGCAUUGAUUGGGAGUUCAUUGACUUUGGGAUGGAUUUGCAGGCCUGCAUUGACCUCAUUGAGAAGCCCCUGGGCAUCAUGUCUAUUCUGGAGGAAGAGUGCAUGUUCCCCAAAGCCAGUGACCAGACGUUUAAGUCUAAGCUCUAUGACAAUCACCUGGGCAAAAACAAAAUGUUUGAGAAGCCUAGACCUGCAAAGGGAAAAGCGGAGGCCCACUUUGCUCUGGUUCACUAUGCUGGGACAGUCGACUACAACAUUGGCAACUGGCUGGUGAAAAACAAAGAUCCUUUGAAUGAGACUGUGGUGGGGCUCUUCCAGAAGUCCUCCCUCAAGCUUCUCAGUGUGCUCUUCUCCAGCUGUGCAUCCGAAGCUGACAAGGGGGGCAAAGGCGCCAAAAAGAAAGGCUCCUCCUUCCAGACAGUGUCAGCCCUUCACAGAGAAAACCUGAACAAGCUCAUGUCCACCCUGAAAACCACACAUCCACACUUUGUCCGCUGUCUGAUUCCAAAUGAGAAGAAAACUCCAGGAAUCAUGGACAACUGCCUGGUGAUGCAUCAGCUCCGCUGUAACGGUGUCCUGGAAGGCAUCAGGAUCUGCAGGAAGGGCUUCCCCAACAGGGUCCUGUACGGGGACUUCAAACAGCGGUACAGAAUCUUAAAUGCUUCUGCCAUUCCCGAGGGACAAUUCAUGGACAACAAAAAGUGUGCAGAGAAGCUGUUGGGGUCGCUGGACAUCGACCACACCCAGUACAGGUUUGGCCACACCAAGGUCUUCUUCAAGGCAGGUCUGCUAGGUACAUUAGAGGAGAUGCGAGAUGAGCAACUGUCCCGCAUUAUCACCAGGAUCCAAGCCAAUGCCAGGGCAAUUUUAAUGAGAGCUGAGUUUGUCAAGCUUGUGGAGCGCAGAGAUGCUCUGUUGCUGAUUCAGUGGAACCUUCGUUCUUUCCUGGGGGUGAAGAACUGGCCUUGGAUGAAGCUUUUCUUCAAGAUCAAGCCCUUGCUGAAGAGCGCAGAGUCAGAGAAGGAGAUGGCCAACAUCAAGGAUGAAUUCAACACGAUGAAACAAGCCUUGGAAAAAUCGGAGGCCCGAAGGAAGGAACUAGAGGAGAAAAUAGUGACGGUUCUCCAAGAGAAAAAUGACCUGACAAUGCAGAUUCAGUCCGAACAGGAUACAUUAACAGACGCGGAAGAGCGCUGUGAACAGCUCAUCAAGAGUAAGAUUCAACAGGAAGCAAAGUUGAAAGAGAUGACUGAAAGGAUGGAGGAUGAGGAAGAGAUGAACGCUGAUCUCACUGCCAAAAGGCGGAAGCUUGAAGACGAAUGCUCCGAGCUGAAAAAGGACAUUGACGACCUUGAGCUGACAUUAGCCAAGGUCGAAAAGGAGAAACACGCCACUGAAAACAAGGUGAAGAAUCUCACGGAGGAGCUGGCUUCUCAGGAUGAUAACAUCCUGAAGCUUAGCAAGGAGAAGAAAGCCUUACAAGAGGCCCACCAGCAGGCUCUGGACGACCUUCAGAGUGAAGAGGACAAGGCCAACACCCUCACCAAGGCCAAGGUCAAGUUAGAGCAGCAGGUCGAUGACCUGGAGGGUUCCCUGGAACAAGAGAAGAAGGUCAGGAUGGAUCUGGAACGUUCAAAGCGAAAGCUGGAAGGCGACCUGAAACUCAGUCAGGAGAGUUUGAUGGACCUGGAGAACGACAAACAGCAACUGGAGGAGAAGCUGAAAAAGAAAGACUUUGAAACGUCGCAGUUGAACGGACGAAUAGAAGACGAGCAGGUGGUCAGCGUCCAGCUGCAGAAGAAGCUGAAGGAGAACCAGGCAAGGAUUGAGGAGCUCGAGGAGGAGCUCGAUGCUGAGCGGGCAGCCCGGGCCAAAGUGGAAAAGCAGCGCUCCGAUGUUUCCCGUGAGCUGGAGGACAUCAGUGAGCGUCUAGAAGAGGCCGGGGGCGCCACCUCGGCUCAAGUGGAGCUCAACAAGAAGAGAGAUGCUGAGUUCCAGAAAGUCCGCAGGGAGUUGGAGGAGUCUACACUUCAACACGAGGCCACUGCUGCAGCACUGAGGAAGAAGCAUGCUGACAGCGUUGCUGAACUGGGUGAACAGAUUGACAACCUUCAGCGAGUCAAGCAGAAGCUGGAAAAGGAAAAAACUGAACUGAAACUGGAGCUGGAUGACAUAUCAUCCAACAUGGAGUGUGUGGUCAAAAACAAGUCCAAUAUUGAGAAGAUAUGCCGCUCAAUGGAGGACAACAUGAAUGAGUACAAGAGCAAGUAUGAGGAGGCUCAGAGGACGAUCAAUGACUUCACCACCCUGAGAGCCAAACUUCUCACUGAAAACGGGGAACUGGGACGUCAGCUGGAGGAGAAGGAGUGCCUGGUGUCACAGCUCACUAGGGGGAAGCUCUCCUACACCCAGCAGCUGGAAGACCUCCGCAGACAGCUGGAGGAGGAGGUCAAGGCGAAGAACGCCCUUGCCCACGUGGUGCAGUCGGCUCGUCACGACUGUGACCUCCUGAGAGAACAGUUCGAGGAGGAGCAGGAGGCCAAGGCUGAGCUGCAGAGGGCGCUGUCCAAAGCCAACAUUGAGGUCUCAACCUGGCGGACCAAAUACGAAACAGACGGGAUCCAGCGCACAGAGGAGUUAGAAGAGGCCAAGAAGAAGCUGGUCCAGCGUCUUCAGGAGGCGGAGGAAGCCAUCGAGGCUGUGAACGCAAAGUGUUCCUCCCUGGAGAAGACCAAACACCGCCUCCAAAAUGAAAUCGAAGAUCUCAUGUUGGACCUUGAGCGAUCCAACGCAGCGUCCACAGCUCUCGACAAGAAGCAGCGGUCGUUUGACAAAGUGAUGGCCGAGUGGAAGCAGAAGUUUGAGGAGUCUCAAUGUGAGCUGGAGGCGAGCCAGAAGGAGGCUCGCUCUCUGAGCACAGAGCUCUUCAAACUAAAAAACGCCUAUGAGGAGUCUCUGGAUCAGCUAGAGACCAUGAAGAGAGAGCACAAGAUCCUCCAGGAAGAGAUCUCUGACCUCACUGACCAGCUCGGCGAGGGCGGGAAAAACACCCAUGAGCUGGAGAAACUCCGGAAGCAGCUGGAGCAGGAGAAGACCGAGCUUCAGUCAGCACUGGAGGAGGCAGAGGGCUCUCUGGAGCACGAGGAGGGCAAGAUCCUCCGGGCCCAGCUGGAGUAUAACCAGGUGAAGGCCGACAUGGAACGGAAGGGUUCUGAGAAGGAUGAGGAGAUGGAUCAGGCCAAGAGAAACUACCAACGGAUAAUCGAUUCCCUCCAGUCUUCUCUGGAAUCUGAGACAAGGAGCCGCAACGAGGCGCUCCGCGUCAAGAAGAAGAUGGAGGGCGACCUCAAUGAAAUGGAGGUCCAGCUGAGCAAAGCCAACCGACAGGCGGCCGAUGCACAGAAGCAGCUCAAAGUCAUCCAAGCAUACCUGAAAGAUACCCAGAUACAUCUGGACGACGCAACCCAUGGGAACGAUGAUCUCCGAGAGAACAUCGCUCUGGUGGAACGGCGGAAUAAUCUGAUCCAGGCGGAGCUGGAGGAGCUGAGGUCAGCUCUGGAGCAGACGGAACGAGGCAGGAAGCUGGCGGAGCACGAGCUGACCGAGGCCACAGAGCGCAUGCAGCUGCUUCACUCACAGAACACCAGCCUCAUCAACCAGAAGAAGAAGCACGAGGCGGAUGUUCUCCACCUGCAGUCUGAGGUGGAGGACGCCAUACAGGAGAACCGCAACGCCGAAGAGAAGGCGAAGAAGGCCAUCACCGACGCUGCCAUGAUGGCAGAGGAGCUGAAGAAAGAGCAGGACACCAGCGCCCACCUGGAGCGCAUGAAAAAGAACAUGGAGCAGACGAUCAAGGACCUGCAGCACCGCCUGGACGAAGCCGAGCAGGUCGCCAUGAAAGGCGGGAAGAAGCAGCUUCAGAAGCUGGAGGGACGCAUCAAGGAGCUGGAGAACGAGUUGGAGACGGAGCAGAAGAGAGGCACGGAGACCGUCAAAGGGGUGCGCAAGUACGAGCGCCGCAUCAAGGAGCUCACCUACCAGACGGAGGAGGACCGCAAGAACCUGGCCCGCGUGCAGGACCUGGUGGACAAGCUGCAGCUCAAGGUCAAGUCCUACAAACGCUGUGCGGAGGAGGCCGAGGAGGCGUCCAACGUCAACAUCGCCAAGCUCCGCAAACUACAGCAUGAGCUGGAGGAGGCGGAGGAGCGGGGGGACAUCGCUGAGUCUCAGGUGAACAAGCUGCGGGCGAAGACCAGGGACGGCUCCUCAAAGAAGGGUCUCGACGAGUAACACGCCAACCGAUGAUACUCUACUCCGUUUGGUGGACAUUGACCCACGUGAUGUGUCUGUUGCCAUGGGGAACACAGCUAGCAGCAAGCCUUGCGCUGGAUUUGCCUAACCAGGGCUAAAGUAUUCAAACUACAAAUUGCCCUUCGAUGCUCAGAAUGAUGCUUUACCAGAAACAAAAUAUAUCUAAACCUGAAGUUCUUUUUCUCCAUAGUUUAGGCCUGGUUGUAAACAUUGAAUGCCUUUUAUAUCACAUGUUAGUCCUAUAUUUUACUAUUAAGUGUUUUGUUUUAUUGAUAUUACACACUUCAUCACGCCUACAGGUAGUGUGUCGUUUCGGUAUUACCUGUAAUUGGACUCACCUGGUCAAAGUUUUGCAAAGUUUGACCGAGGGAGAAAACUCAAAGAACGAAACUGCAAACUGAAAGUAAUAGCAAUAUAAAACGCAAUUGUUCUUGGUUAAUAGUUAGAAUAGGAAAGCUCGGCCAUUGAUACCAGUUUAAGCUAUUAUAUUUUAGAAUAAAUUAUUUGUCCAUAUCUCUGCAGUGAAAAUCAAUGAACGCAGCUGGUUAUUACUUGAUGGGUAGAAGGAAAUUCAAUAUUUUGAAACUUUUUCUAAAGAAACUGUCUAUUGUACUUGUCUAGCUAAUUCCCAUCAAUGUAUUGUACUCCUGACAGAAAAAUAAAACCAUUAAAUUAGGCCUAGUUAAAAACAAUGCAUCCAUUUAUAUUGAUAAAUGUGCUUCAGUGCGUCAGAAUACAAAAUGUAUAUGUAACGUAUAACAUUAAAUCUUUAAUUUCACGUUUUGCUUCAUAGU